AAAACGAUGCGCGCGCACCAACCAAACACGCGCAAGCAAAAGUGGGAGUGACGAGAGAAAACAUGGGCGCACGGAAAAAUUAGCAAAAUUCGUUUCGGCUAAGAACUUCAAUUUUACUGUGUCUUCUUGACGGCAGAAAAGGAAAGACAAAAAUCAGAGGGAAACAAAAUCCUACAGCGGUUACUGGACUGUUUAGUACUUCGAUUAUAAAGCAGAAAUGAUGCUGAGUCGCUCAGUGCACAGCUUCAAAAAAAUUGCUAAUCCAUUAGGCUGGUUAAACCCCGUCAACCCAAAUGUUUUGAUGCCAUUGGUGGUUCAAUCUAGUGUACAGCAACAGCAAGUACGCACCACAAUAAGAAAGCAUUAUGAUCCAAAAUUCCGAAGGCUUCGAGGCGCUAAGUUUAUCAAAGUGGACUUGCCAGAUUUAAAUGAGGACAAAAAUACUGACUUGACCCCUGAGAUUAUGAGGACAAAACUGAAGGAAAAGGGAAUUCAGCCAUUCAGAACUUGGAAUGAGAGAAGUUUGUAUGUGUCUAAUUCUGGGACUGUGUUUGAACCAUAUGUCCCUCCUGAGGGUGAUGGUAAACUUUCAAUGGUGACUGUUGAGGGAGCAAAGCAAAAGUUUGAAAUUAUCGAGAAAAAGGGAAAAUCGAUGCUUGCAGUGAGAAAAAUUAAAAGUUACGACGAAGACUUCACUCUGCAAGAUUUUGUUGAAGAUGCUUUGGAAGUGUAUAAAAAAUCCCACGAGGCAUUAGUGAACUUUAGGAACAACAAGGAAAAACUUGAAGAAUUUGUGACUGAAAAAGCCUACGUGGAAAUGACGGAAAAUGUUAAAUACAAAACAUUAGUAUGGAAAUUCCAUAAAUCGUUAGGCCCACCUAAAGUGGUGCAUGCUAGAGCAGGCAAUGUUGUGACAAAAGAAAACAUCUUUGCCCAAGUCACUGUUCGAUUUCAUACGCAACAAUCUUUGUGCAUCUAUGACAGAUUCGGAAGAAAGGAAUACGGAGAUGAAAAUAUUAUCAAAGACGUUCUUGAGUAUGUUGUUUUUGAGAAACAUAUAUCGGAGCAAUAUGGAGCCUGGAGAAUGCACCACAAAAUAAUUCCUGACUGGAUGCCCGCUGCAGAGCCUGUUCCAAGAACUUUCAGAAAACCUGAUCCUUUGCCUGAUCUUCCAGAAGAGUCCGAGAUCAAAACCGCAGAGGACCAAAAUGAAGAGUCCAAAAAUAUGGUCCCUGCUCUUGCAUGAAUUUGGUAAAAUGUAGAGACAAAAUUAAAAUAAAUUACGUUACUCACACAUUAUGAAUUUAAAUUGUCUUUCUGGUUCACAAGAUUCAUACUUCCAAUGUACCUUAUUGGAACCAACUUAUUGUCGGCAACACUGACUCAUAAGAUGUUCAGAUAUAAGGGUAGC